AUGCGCGAUUCGCAGCAUAAGAGACUCCUAUACCACCGACUCAUCGGCAUCGCCUUGAUCGUUCCCACGUUGCAGCGCUGCGUGCGCUCCACGUGGCAUGGCCAGCUGCCUUUCGUUCGUGGAGGCCAAAGCACUGAUCCAUGCCUCCACCGCCACCGAUCUCCGCCAAGAACCUUGUCCACACGCUGUCUGCUGGCAAAGCGUAAUCUCGAUGACAAGAUCAACUUGCCGCAGCCACGGCCAAUACAUGAUCCAUCCGCGGCUGGUGACUGGGAGGAAGGAGGCAGUGUUGCCGGUGGGCCAGAUGAUGGCUUGCCACGCUGGUUUUUGGAAUUGAACGUUGCAGGCUUCGAGCCGGAUCUGAAGUUUUACAAUAACUUCAUUGAGCCGGCUUCCAAGAAAGGCGACUUGCGGGCAGCCGAGCGCUGGCUGCAAAACGCAAAGGCGGCAGGAGUGGACCCUGACAAGGAAACCCUGGCGCUGUUGUUCGAGGCCGCCUUUAAGUUUGGAGAUCUGCAAGCUGCUGCGCAAUACGCUGCCGAAGCGACAGAAAUGGGUGCAGAUCUUGAUGCCGCAACACUUGCUGACCUUUUGCGGGCAGCGGCAGCUCAGGAGAGCCUGGAGAUAGCAGAGGUACUUUACUCGCUUUGCCAGAGAAUUCCAGACACUGCGACCUAUGAAGCUUUGUUAUUGGCUGCAGCCAACAGGGGUGAUCUUGAUGCAGGCGAGAAGUGGCUUCGGCGAGCUGAGGAUGUCCCAAGUAUUGACACAAUGCGACGUUUGAUGAAUGCUGCUGCUUCUGUUGGCAACUUGUCGAUGACUGAAACGUUCUUUGAGAGCAGAGUUCCAGCAGGGUUGGCUCAAGAUCUGGCUUCCUUCAACAUUUUGAUCAAGGCCGCAUCUAAUGCUGGUGUGCCAGAGGCAGCUGAAUACUGGUUUACACGAGCAGCUGCAGAGGGCUUGAAACCGAGUUUGGUGACGUACACCACACUGAUCAAGUCUGCAGCGCGUGCAGGGGAUCUUACGAGUGCAGAGGAGUGGCUCAAGCAAGCUUCAAAGGAGUUAAAGCUGGAUAUCCAAAUUCUCACAGCUGUCAUUGAUGCAGCGGCUCGUCAGGCAAACUUGUCGGCUGCGGAGUUCUGGUUUCAACGAGCUGUUUCUCAGGGUCUGCAGCCGACACUGGUCACUUUCAACACCAUCAUCAGUGCUGCUGUGAGGUCCGAGGACUUCGCUUCGGCGGAACAGUGGUUCAAGAGGUGUGAGGAUUGUGGUAUCAGUCCUAACCGGAAGACUUUCAGCAUAUUGAUGAACGCUGCUGGGCGCGUGAAUGACUUGAACGCCACGGAGCAUUGGUUUCAAGUUGCACUGGCGAAGGGCAUACGGCCGGACAGCGUCAUGUUCAAGACCCUUUUGAAGACCGUGGUGCAGAAGGGCGACGUGCCUGCAGCCUCGCGGUGGUUUAACACAGCAAAGCAACACUUGAUUCAGUUGGACAAUGCCUCUGUCGCCUCACUUGCGCAGACUGCGGCACGCCAGGGAAAGCAUACCUUUGCAACUUCCAUUGUGGAGGAUGGGCGCCGGCUAAUGGGACUAACGUUUGGCAUCAACACGUACAUCAAUCUUGCCCAGAUAACUGCCAAGCAGGGAUUGAUGGCCACGGAGUCUUGGAUAGAAAUGGCAUUUCAACAUGGGCUGGGCAGAAACAUUGCCCUCUACAAUGCCAUGAUUACGGCUUGUGCGAAUUGUGCAAAGAGCAGCAAUUCAACAGGGAAAGGGAAGGGAGCGGAGUUGGCGGAGGAGUGGUUUGCAGAGAUCCAGAGGGUCGGGCUCCGGACAAACCUUCAGACCUUCAAUGCCAUCAUCAACGCAGUGGGCAUGCGUGGCCUCCGCCCAGCAGAGCGGUGGUUUGCAAAAGCCAUCGAGGCUGGCCAUCGCCCAGACAUGGUAACGUUCACAAACAUGAUCAGCAUCGCCUCUCAGAUGGAUGACCUGCAGUCUGCCGAGGGCUGGUUCCGGGCAGGGCUUGCUGCGGGGAUAAGACCAGACGUGGUGAUGUACACUUCUCUUAUUCAUGCGGCUGCUAAGGGAGGCAAAGCGGACUUGGCCGAGCAAUGGUUCCAGGAGGCUUUGGCAAGCGGGCUGUCCCCAGAUGUAGUUUCAUACACGACCUUGGUCGAGGCUCAUGCGAGAGCUGGAGACAUGGCCAAAGCAGAAGCUUACUUUCGAGAGCUGGACUCCAUGCAGCGUCAGCCCACUCUUCAAACAUACAGUGCGCUCAUCAAUGGGCAUGCCCGAUUGGGAGAUGUUGACUCAGCCGCUCGAUGGUUUGGGGAGAUGCAGCGACGCGGCGUUGCGGCCACCGUGGUCCAAUACAAUCAGCUGUUGAAAGCAUGCGCAGCAGCAUCGCCGAAAGGCCUAACCGAGAAAGCCUUUGCAGAAGAGUUGUUCCGGCAAAUGCUUGUUCAAGGCAUUUCGCCAACUGACGGAACCCUGGACGCCCUGAGAUGGGUAGUAGGUGGACCGCGCUGCAACGAGAUGCUGGUGCAGAAGCCUAGUCAAGCAAAAGGUGCUGGUACGACUCAGAUAAGUAGAAGAGGUGUGCUUAGACAGGUCCAGUGGCUUAAUUGCAAGGGGAUGACAGUAUGA